AUGCAAUGGUUUGCUUCAAGGGUCAGGUUUCACAAGGGUCAGGUUUCACAAGGCACAUUUUACAUUGUACAGUCAGGUACCAGUCUACUGGGUAAGGAUAUUAUUCAGACACUAGACAUAGGUAUUCAUGGGGGGUCUUUGACCUGCUUUGCGACCCGAGGCAAUGCAAGCUCUGAUGAACCUACAUCAGAUUCGGUGAGUAUCCCUGACAGAUUCCCACAGCUGUUUAGUGAUAAGAUUGGAAAGGUUAAGGGCUUUAAACACAAAAUCAAAGUGCGUUCAGAUGUUAAGCCUGUGCAACAAAAAUUGCGCCGAUUGCCAUUUGCAGUGCGUAAUGCUGUUUCUGCCGAGCUGAAGAAAUUGGAAAAUUCUGAUAUCAUAGAACGUAUUGAUGCAAGUGAAUGGAUUUCUCCUAUCGUGGUAGCAUGGAAAAAAGAUGGCUCAGUCCGUGUAUGCGUAGAUUUGAGAAAACCUAAUGAAGCCAUUAUAGAGGAUAGGUAUCCACUUCCUAAUAUUGACGAAAUGAUAAGUGAAAUGCAUGGUGCAACCCAUUUUUCAAAGCUUGAUUUGAAAUCCGCCUACCAUCAACUUGAAUUGGUGGAAAGCAGCCGAGAUCUGACGGCAUUCAUUACACAUGAAGGUCUGUUCCGUUUUAAGCGUGUUUGCUUCGGUCUUUCUUCUGCACCAUCAUGUUUUCAAAAAAUGAUGUCUACAAUUUUGUGCAAUGUUCCAGGUGUUCAGUGUUUCAUUGACGACGUGAUUGUUUACGGCCGAACUAAAGCUGAACAUGAUCGCAACUUGAACUUGGUACUCCAGCGGUUGACUGAUGCUGGUUUGACGUUGAAUGACAAGUGUGAGUUCAAUGUUCCAUCCCUUACAGUUUUGGGUCAUGUGAUCUCGAAGGACGGUGUGCGUCCAAACCCUGAUUUAGUCAAAGCCAUUUCUGAUGCACCUGUACCGACUAAUAAGGAUCAGUUGAGGUCUGUUUUAGGGCUCUGCGGUUACUAUUCCAAAUUUGUGCCAAACUUUGCAGCGCGUGUACAACCAAUGCGAUGUAUUCAAACUGCUGAGAAAUUCAAAUGGACUGAAGAAGCUAACAAAGCUUUCAAGGACAUUAAGUCUGCUAUAGUUAACAGCCCUGCUCUUGCUCUAUUCGAUCCAUACCUUGAUAUCAUUGUAACUACAGAUGCUAGUGGAUAUGGUUUAGGUGCAACACUCACACAGGUGAAAAAUGGUUCAGAAGUUAUAGUUGCAUGCGCAUCUCGCAGUCUAACUGCAUUAGAAUUGAAAUAUUCUGUGGGAGAGCGUGAAGCUUUAGCAUGCGUAUGGGCAGUAGAAAAGUGGCAUACAUAUUUGUGGGGUCGUAGAUUCACUUUGCGUACAGAUCACCAAGCACUUGUGACACUGUUGAGUUCAAAAGGGACGGGUCACAAACCAAUGCGAAUUGCGCGAUGGGCAAUGCGGUUGUUACACUACACAUAUGACAUACAGUACAAACCCGGUGUUCAAAAUAAAGUGCCGGAUGCACUUUCUAGAUUGCCAUUGUCUACAAGUAAAGACAAAAUCCAGGAUGAGGAUGAGGCUGAGGCUGUGUGCCAACUUUGGUUUGAACAUGUAGAACAUAACAUUGCGAUAACCAGAGAACGUUUACAGCGAGCAACGUCUGAGAGCUCGAUUUGUACUCGUAUUUCCCAAUACAUUCAGAAUGGAUGGCCUUGUACAAAAACAGAAAUUAUUAAUGAUCUGAAACCAUUCUUUCAGGUGAAAGAUGAGUUGUCUGUACAUGACGGCAUUAUUUUCCGUGGGGAACGGGUGAUAGUGCCAGAUGAACUUUGUGCACAUGUGUGGAACUUGGCACAUGAAAGUCAUCAAGGUAUAGUGCGUACAAAACAGAGGCUGAGAGAUUUGUAUUGGUGGCCAAAGAUGGAUAUUCAGGUUACUGAGCUGGUAAAGUCGUGCAUUACUUGUCAGUUGAAUGACAAAUCUGCUGUUACGCGGACAGCACCUACGCAGCCAGUACCACUUCCGAAUGCUGCAUGGAAAAAACUUGGUCUCGAUUUUGUCGGGCCAGACUAUUCUGCACCGCCUGAACGGCGAUAUAUUAUUUCCAUGAUUGACUACAGGAGCAAAUGGCCAGAGGUAGCAUUCGCUUCGGAUAUAAGUACCAAAACAGUGCUGAAGUUUCUUGUUACAGUUUUCAGUCGAGAAGGUUAUCCCGACGAAAUUGUUACAGAUAAUGGGCCUCAAGUGGUGUCCCAUGAAUUUGAAGAAUUUCUACGACACAGAAAUAUAAAACACAGGUUUUCUUCGGUUUAUCAUCCGGAAGGAAACAGUGAGGUUGAACGUUUAAACAAAAUUCUGUCCGAAACCAUUCAGUCUGCAAGAAUUCAGAAAAAGGAUGUGAAAAGCACAAUGGUACAAUUUCUUGGUGCAUAUAGAGCGACUAAGCAUGCUACUACAGGCGAGUCUCCGUCUUUUAUGCUGCAUGGCCGACAUAUGCGUACAAUGCUUGACAUUAAAGGGGUAACGCUUUAUCCCAAUCCAUCUACUAGUACUGAGGUUGAAAAUAGAGUGGCAGCGAAACAAGCUAAGAGCAAGGCAUAUGCUGAUAAGCGGAAAGGCACAAAAGCGAGAUUUUUCAAACCUGGUGACUAUGUUCGCAUAAGAAAACCAUGGCAUGUCAAAAAGGGUGAGAGCAAAUUCACUGCACCGAUAAAGAUUGUUUCUCAGAUUAGUCCUUUUACUUACAAAAUGGAAAAUGGUUCAAAUUGGAAUGUUAAAUUUCUUGCUCCUUUUUAUGGUAAAGUACCUAACCAGUUUGAUGAGGGGGAAGAUGUGUGGUUUGAAACUCAGGUACACAAUCACUUUGAACAAAACCAUAAUCCAAAUAUACCACAACGUGUUAGAGAACCCAGAGUUCGCAGAUUACCUGCAUGGACCAAAGACUAUGUUAUGAAGUGA